AUGGCAUAUGACUUGGCUCUUGGGGUGUAUGUGUCAGAGACAGGAAGAGAAGCGCAGAGAGACCGACUGACUCUGUGGCCUCAGUUUGAGCAUUCCUUCACCGGCAGCUUCCGGAGUCAGGAGAUCUCCCCUGGUGCACAGCUCAGAGAUGAAGUUCCCCUGGAAAAUCCUUAUGGCUGCUCUCUAUUCUUCCUCCUGCCCCUGCACUCCUCGGCUUCUCCAGCCCACCGCGACCAACUGGGCACCACCCACUCCCACAGCCACACCUGCGUAGGGUGUGUGCUGGUGGUAUCCGUGAUUGACCAGCUGGCUCAAGUUCACAACUCCACCGUGGAGGCUGCAAUGGAGAGACUGUGCAGCUACCUGCCUGAAAAACUGUUCUUGAAGACCACCUGCUAUUUAGUGGUUUACUUGUUUGGACCAGACAUCGUAAAGCUGCUCAGCGCAGAUAUGAAUGCUGAUGUGGUGUGUCACGCUCUGGAGUUCUGUAAACAGGCCACCGGCCAACCUUUGUGUCAUCUCUACCCCCUUCCCAAGGAGGCAUGGAAAUUCACACUAGAGAAGGCAAGACAUAUUGUCAAGAAAUCCCCGACUCUGAGCUACUCCAGAUCCAAAGUUGAUGUGUGUGAAGCACCUGUUUUGGCCAAGAUCUGUCAGAAAAUUAAACGAGCUUUUCAAAAUUCUGUGCCAUUCAAAGAUGUAGAUUCAGACAAAUACAGCGUCUUUCCAACGCUGCGGGGCUAUCACUGGCGAGGGCGAGACUGUAACGACCACAACAAGUCAGUGUACCCAGGCAGAAGGCCCGACAACUGGGAUGCACAUCAGGACUCAAACUGUAAUGGCAUUUGGGGUGUUGAUCCAAAAGAUGGAAUUCCAUAUGAGAAGAAAUUCUGUGAAGGUUCACAGCCCAGGGGGAUCAUUUUGCUGGGAGACUCGGCAGGGGCUCAUUUUCGCAUUUCUCCGGAAUGGAUCACAGCUUCGCAGAUGUCUUUGAACUCCUUCUCCGACUUACCAACAGCUCUUAGCGAUGAGCUCGACUGGCCUCAACUCUCCGGUGUCACUGGGUUUCUGGACUCCACUAGCAGAAUUAAAGAACAUUCUAUUUACCUUCGUUUACGGGAAAGAAACCGCUGCAAUCACAGGGACUACCAGAAUAUUGCAAGAAAUGGUGCAUCUUCCCAAAACCUGAAGCAAUUUAUAGAAAGCUUGUCUAGGAACCAACUGUUGGACCAUCCAGCCAUAGUGAUAUAUGCCAUGAUUGGAAAUGAUGUCUGCAAUGGGAAGGCUGACACAGUUCCGGCCAUGACCACUCCUGAGAAAUUGUACUCCAAUGUCAUGCAGACUCUGAAAUACCUCAACACCCACCUGCCCAAUGGCAGCCAUGUUGUUUUUUACGGCUUGCCAGAUGGAACCUUUCUCUGGGAUAAUUUGCACAACAGAUAUCAUCCUCUCGGCCAGCUAAAUGAAGACGUGACCUAUGCACACAUGUACUCCUUCCUGAACUGCCUUCAGGUCAGCCCCUGCCACGGCUGGAUGUCUUCCAACAAGACGCUCCGGACCCUCACUUCCAAGAGAGCAGAACAACUUUCCAGUACACUGAAAAAAAUUGCAGCCAGCGAGAAAUUUACAAACUUCGAUCUUUUCUACAUGGAUUUUACCUUCCAAGAAAUCAUACAGGAGUGGCAGAAGAGAGGCGGGCAGCCCUGGGAGCUCAUUGAACCCGUGGACGGAUUCCACCCCAACGAGGCAGCUUCGCGGCUGUUGGCAGAUCGCUUCUGGAAGAAGGUGCAGCUCCAAUGGCCCCAGGUCCUGGGAAAGGAGAAUCCGUUCAACCCCAAGAUUGAGCAGGUGUUUGGAGACCAAGGCGGGCACUGAGCCCCCCAGGAACACGCCCCCCUGGUGGGGCACCGGGAGGCAGGAGCUGGGGAAACUCAUUCAACACACCGCCGUGGAGGUGGCUUCGUUUCAGGCCCAAAGGACCCUCUUUCAGCAGCCUGUUUGCAAAAUGCUUUUCUCUCGGUUACGAGUGUAUCUGAGUGACAGUGUGAUGCUGUGUGCCUCUGGGGUCAGUAACCCUCCAACUGUUCCUGAAAUAACCUUUAAUAAAGCGCUUUUGGGUGCCA